ACAUUGCUUACCAGACUUGUCCGAGAACAGGGAGAUAAUCUUCCCAUCAACCACGGCUUGAAUACACUUAAUCCUAUAAUUUACCUCUUCCUGCACUAACCGGUUCCACAUCAGUAUAUUCUCCGCAUAGUUAUAGAAGUGUAAUAAAAGCCUCUCGAGAGUGGUCUGUAGAUAUUGAUAGUUCAUCACCUGUACCCUUGAUGGUGUGAAAGUGAUAUAGUAUCUCCGACAGCUGCUGUGUGAUACAAAAGAACUCAAAUAGCUGAAGAUAGUUGCAUACAUGCAACAUAAUCAGCUAUUCAAUGAGAAUCCGACAUGCAUUUCUACAAUCUUCUCUCACUCCUUGUUGCCGUGCGCUUUGUAGUAGCCGGAACCUUCACUUGGGAUAAAAACACAUUCUACAUCGAUGGCAAAGCAUACCAGAUUGCAGGCGGUCAGAUUGACCCUCAGCGCGUCCCACGUGCUUAUUGGGCACAGCGUCUUCAGAUGGCCAAAUCGAUGGGUUUGAACACCAUCUUCAGCUAUCUAUACUGGCAGGAUAUAGAACCCCAUCAAGGUCAAUUCGACUUUACCGACACGAACGACGUCGCGGCAUGGUUCGAAGAGGUGAACAAGGCGGGAAUGAAAGCCAUACUUCGUCCAGGACCCUAUGUCUGUGCCGAACGAGAUUGGGGCGGCAUGCCAGGUUGGUUGAGCCAGAUCUCAGGCAUGAAGCACAGAUCGAACAAUCAGCCCUUUCUCGAUGCUACCAAUGCAUACUUGGCCAAGGUCGGGGCCCAAGUCCAACCUCUUUUGAUCACGAACGGUGGACCUAUCCUCAUGGUGCAGAUCGAAAACGAGUAUGGCUGGGCUGGUAGCGAUCACACUUACACUAGCAAUCUCGCCAAUAUACUCAAAACCAAUUUCCCGAAUAUGAAACUCUACACCAACGACGCAGCCAAUGCUGGAGCGCUGCGGGCUGGUCAGGUUUCGGGUGCCCUUGCUGUUUUCGACGGCACUGAUUCCCGUGGAGGUGUCAAUGUGCUUCGGUCUACUAUUACCGAUUCAAGUAGCAUAGGGCCAGCUAUGAACGGCGAGUAUUGGGUUCGAUGGUUUGAUAACUGGGGAGCGCGCAACAAUCACAACACAUACGACGGCGAUAACAACGGCAUGCAAGGGCGUGCAGACGAGAUUGACUGGCUGCUCAGCAACAGCCACCACUUCAGCAUCUUCAUGUUCCAUGGUGGAACCAGUUUUGAUUUUGGGGCUGGAUCAGGCGACACAACACCCCGUACACCAUUCACUACUAGCUAUGACUAUGGCGCAGCACUAGACGAGACGGGCCGCCCAUCCCAAAUUUACAACUACUUCCGAAAUGCUAUCGCAAAGCACGUCUCCAAUAUUCCCGCCGUUCCUUCUACCCCUUCUCUAACAUCUGUAUCCGACUUCAAUCUGAGCCCUGUACUGGGAAUGUUCGACAACCUUACUUCUACGCCUCGCACCUCGUCAUCACCACUCGUCAUGGAAGCUACUGGUCAAGUCUUUGGGUACAUUCUCUACGAAUCAAUCGCUACGGGGACCUCCUCGGGAAAACUUCAGCCAGGAAACGGAGCUGCUCGCGACCGGGUCAUUGUAUCCGUCAACGGUCAGAAGAAAGGUGUCAUCGAUUCCAUCUACAGGAAUCCAGCCACUGUCAACCUCAACCUCAAUAAAGGCGAUAAGCUAUGGUUGCUCGUCGAAAACCUGGGCCGUGCCGACAACGGCUUCUCCGAUCAGACAAAGGGAAUCGCGGGUGAUGUCAUGGUAGGAGGAACGAAGAUUACAGGCUGGAACCAUUACAACUUUCCACUUGACAAUGUACCUACUGCAGCUACGUCUGGUGGGGGUACUGUGACUGUGCCUUCAAACAGUCCUCCAGUUUGGUAUCGUGGAACUUUCAAGACGUCCAACUCGGGGAUGGCUGCCGAUACGUUCUUGCAGUUGCCUGGUGGCAUUAAAGGAGUUGUCUUUGUAAACGGGUAUAACCUUGGCCGUUACUGGACGAUUGGUCCCCAACAGGAGUUGUUUGUCCCUGGCGCAUAUUUGAAACAGGAUGCGGACAACAUUGUUAGUGUUCUAGAAUUGGAACCUGGAACCGCGGGUAGAGUGGCUAGGGGUGUCGCGAAGAGAACGUGGAAGAAUAACGCGGAUCCAGAUUGCAAUGGGUGUUCGUAG